AUGGCGACACAGGCUGCGCAGGCGGGUCCCUCUCAACGCGCGAGGACGUCGAGCGGAGACUCCGGACGUAGUACGGCGCUGCACACGAAGUCUGCAGCGACGAUAUUGAAUGAGGACGCUUCGGACUACGAGGAGGAGGGCAGGAGCGAAUAUGAGAGCGAGGAAGAGGUUGCAUACGCGACUGUGAAGGGUAAAGGCAAGGGAGUGGCAGCUCCGCCGUUGCCCCGAGCGCAGAUCCAUAGCACUCGCAGUGCUUCAUACGAACGCGAGCGGUCGAGCACGUCAUGGGCCGACUUGGACCUGUCUAUCAUCGUGGCCUGCGUGUCGCCUGUCGGAAAUUGGCUGACUGGAGGUGACCACAUCAAGAACCUCUUCCUCAUCAUUCUCCUAGUAUUCUACCUCCACCAGCUUAUCGAAGUUCCUUGGAAGCUCUACCAGGCCUCUCGGCCCCGCAAGUCGGCUGGCGCGCGAUCCGGAGAGCCCGACCGUGUCACCAAGCUUGCUGCAACUGAGUUGCGGCGGCAAGAGCUGCUGCUGCUUGUCGUAACCGCCAUUUCCCCUCUCAUUGGAGCCACUUUCCUCAAGCACGUGCUGUCGGCACUCGGGGAGAGGGAAUCUCUCUCUUGGUUCAGUACAACGCUCUUCGUGCUCGCGACGGGUAUCCGACCUUGGACGCAUCUCAUCUCUCGCAUCCAAGGACGCACCGAGUCCCUGCAUGACGCUAUCCAUUACCCUCCUGAAAAGGUGGGAGCCGAGGACCUCGCAGUCAAUGCUGUCCUCCUGAAGCGGCUUGAUUUGCUUGAACGCGAGUUUCACGAACUGCAGGCGCGCACCACACUCGCAGGACGACUUCAGGAAGUGUGCGACGACCUCAGCGAGGCUGUUGGCGAGCUCGAGCGCGGUGGCAAACGCAGCGAACGGAAGGCCGAGAUGGCGCGCCUCGCACUCGCCGCUCGGCUUGCGGCGCUGGAGAAGGGUCUUCUGCAGGUCGAGCAGAACAGACGAAUGGACGUCGACGCACUCAGGCGUGGCUAUGUUGCUCCGUUCUAUGAACGAGGGUACCGGCGCGCAUGGGGCUAUAUCCGGCCUUUGGUUCGUGGAGUCUUGCGUUUCCCGAAGACAAUCUGGGCGCUGGGAGCACCGGAUGCGACGUCCGAGAAAUGGAUGGCUGGAGGCUCACCGUCGCCGCUGCCCUCUCCUUCGCCACCCGUCUCUCGCAGCUCAAAUGGGACUGUUCACCAUAGGCUAUCCUCGAACGGUGCGCCCGACCCACGCCUCACUACUAUCCUCGAGUCUCCUCAGUCCGACGGAGAAGGUGAACCCGGUGGUGAAGAUGAGGCCGAUUCGGACGGGACGUAUGUCACCGAGAACGAGAAGGACCACGCUGCGACGGCGAACGGCACGACGAACGGUCAUCACAAGACCCGCCGUGCUCGGAACAAGAGCGGAAGCCGCAGUCGCAGCCGGAGCCACAGCGGGGGCAGCUCGGCGCGCAAGCAUGCGGCGCAAGCGACGCCGUUGUCGUUCCAUCAGUGGGUGUUCGAGUGCGUGCAAACGAUCGUGUUGUGGCCAUACCGCGCGAGCGUCAGGAUCUUGCUAGCGAUGGUGCCGCCCCUACGCAAAAUUAUGCCCAAGGCCAUGAUCUGA